GAGGCGGUGCUUCCCCUUCUCCCCGGCGGUUAGUGCUGAGAGUGCGGAGUGUGUGCUCCGGGCUCGGAACACACAUUUAUUAUUAAAAAAACCCAAAAAAAUCUAAAAAACCUUUAAAAAACCCAAAAAAAAGAAAUUUUACAGAAAAGUCCGCGUCUCCCUCCCCCCGCCGGAGACUUUUAUUUUUUUUCUUCAUUUUUUUUAUAAAAAUAACCCGGUGAAGCAGCCGAGACCGACCCGCCCGCGGCCCCGCAAGCAGCAGCAGCAGCAGCAGCAGCAGCUCCAAGAAGGAACCCAGAGACCGAGGCCUUCUUCGCUGCCCCGGACCCGACACCGCACCUUCGCUCCCAGCCGGCAGCCAGCAGCCAGCGGCCAGCGGACCGACCCCGUCCGGCGGCUGUUGAGUAGUUUUCUCGAUUCCGCUUGAUUUUUGUCCCUCCGCGCUCGCCCCCGCUCCCCCUCCCCCGGCUCCGCACUCGCUCCCCUUCUUCCUCUCGACUGGAAAAAGGUCGCGGCCUGUGGCCCCGCGGGCAGCCGUGCCGAGAUGAACCCCAGCGCCCCCAGCUACCCGAUGGCCUCGCUCUACGUCGGGGACCUGCACCCCGACGUGACCGAGGCGAUGCUCUACGAGAAGUUCAGCCCGGCCGGGCCCAUCCUCUCCAUCCGGGUCUGCAGGGACAUGAUCACCCGCCGCUCCCUGGGCUACGCGUAUGUGAACUUCCAGCAGCCGGCGGACGCGGAGCGUGCUUUGGACACCAUGAAUUUUGAUGUUAUAAAGGGCAAGCCAGUUCGCAUCAUGUGGUCUCAGCGUGAUCCAUCACUUCGCAAAAGUGGAGUGGGCAACAUAUUCAUUAAAAAUUUGGACAAAUCCAUUGAUAAUAAAGCACUGUAUGAUACAUUUUCUGCUUUUGGUAACAUCCUUUCAUGUAAGGUGGUUUGUGAUGAAAAUGGUUCCAAGGGUUAUGGGUUUGUACAUUUUGAGACACAGGAAGCCGCUGAAAGAGCUAUUGAAAAAAUGAACGGGAUGCUUCUAAACGAUCGUAAAGUAUUUGUUGGACGAUUUAAGUCUCGCAAAGAACGAGAAGCAGAACUUGGAGCUAGGGCAAAAGAGUUCACCAAUGUUUACAUCAAGAAUUUUGGAGAAGACAUGGAUGAUGAGCGCCUUAAGGAUCUCUUUGGCAAGUUUGGACCUGCCUUAAGUGUGAAAGUAAUGACAGAUGAGAGUGGAAAAUCCAAAGGUUUUGGAUUUGUAAGCUUUGAGAGGCAUGAAGAUGCACAGAAAGCUGUGGAUGAGAUGAAUGGAAAGGAGCUCAAUGGAAAACAAAUUUACGUUGGCCGAGCUCAGAAAAAAGUGGAACGGCAGACGGAACUUAAGCGCAAAUUUGAACAGAUGAAGCAAGAUAGGAUCACCAGAUACCAGGGUGUUAACCUUUAUGUGAAGAACCUUGAUGAUGGUAUUGAUGAUGAACGUCUCCGGAAAGAGUUCUCUCCAUUUGGUACAAUCACUAGCGCAAAGGUUAUGAUGGAGGGUGGUCGCAGCAAAGGGUUUGGUUUUGUAUGCUUCUCCUCCCCAGAAGAAGCCACUAAAGCAGUUACAGAGAUGAAUGGUAGAAUUGUGGCUACCAAACCACUGUACGUGGCAUUAGCUCAGCGCAAAGAGGAGCGCCAGGCUCACCUCACGAACCAGUACAUGCAGAGAAUGGCAAGUGUGAGAGCUGUGCCCAACCCCGUAAUCAACCCCUACCAGCCAGCACCUCCUUCAGGUUACUUCAUGGCAGCUAUCCCGCAGACUCAAAACCGUGCUGCAUACUAUCCUCCUAGCCAAAUUGCUCAACUAAGACCAAGUCCUCGCUGGACUGCUCAGGGUGCCAGACCUCAUCCAUUCCAAAAUAUGCCCGGUGCUAUCCGCCCAGCUGCUCCCAGACCACCAUUUAGUACUAUGAGACCAGCUUCUUCACAGGUUCCACGAGUCAUGUCCACACAGCGUGUUGCUAACACGUCAACACAGACAAUGGGUCCUCGUCCCGCAGCGGCUGCUGCUGCAGCUACUCCUGCUGUCCGCACCGUUCCACAGUACAAGUACGCUGCAGGAGUUCGCAAUCCUCAACAACAUCUUAAUGCACAGCCACAAGUCACCAUGCAGCAGCCUGCUGUUCAUGUACAAGGUCAGGAGCCUUUGACUGCUUCCAUGUUGGCAUCUGCCCCUCCUCAAGAGCAAAAGCAAAUGUUGGGUGAACGGCUGUUUCCUCUCAUUCAAGCCAUGCACCCUACUCUUGCUGGUAAAAUCACUGGCAUGCUGCUGGAGAUCGAUAAUUCAGAACUUCUUCAUAUGCUUGAGUCUCCAGAAUCUCUUCGUUCUAAAGUUGAUGAAGCUGUAGCCGUACUGCAAGCCCACCAAGCUAAAGAGGCUGCCCAGAAAGCAGUUAACAGUGCCACGGGUGUUCCAACUGUUUAAAAUUGAUCAGGGACCACGAAAAGAAACUCGUGCUUCACCGAAGAAAAAUACGUAAACAUCGAAAAACAAUAUUACGGAAAAAAAAAACAUUGCAAAAUAUAAAAUAAAUAAAAAAAGGAAAGGAAACUUUGGACCUUAUGUACCGAGCAAAUGCCAGGUCUAGCAAAAGUAAUGCUAGUCCUAGAUUACUUAUUGAUUUAAAAACA